AUGAGAAGGGAUACUCGAUUUGAUGGUAAAGCUGAAAGAAGACCUUCUCCAAGACGAUUUACUUGUGAAGAAAUAUUAUCACAAGUUAAUGCUCUCGAACCCCAAAUUCCCGGACAUCAUGAAAAUUUUGGGGGCGUGAAACGUAGAAGAGUUGCAGAAAAUUGUAAUUGGAGGAAAAAAAGUAUUUUCUACGAGUUGGAGUAUUGGAGCACGAAUAUUUUAAAACACAACAUUGAUGUCAUGCAUGUUGAGAAGAAUGUGUGUGAUAGUCUCCUAGGAACCAUCUUGGAUAAUGAUAAAUCAAAGGACACAACCAAUGCGCGCCAUGAUUUAAAGAAGAUGGGUAUUAGGGAAUCGUUGUGGAUUUAUGAAGAUGGGAAUGGGAGGCUAAUGAAACCGCAUGCUCCUUAUGUUUUGACUCGUGAGAAAAGACAACUUUUUUGUCAGUUUGUUAAAGGAAUAAAGUUUCCCGAUGGCUUCUGUUCAAAUUUAAAGAGCAAAGUUUCUCCAGAUGAGUCUAACAUUAUUGGGUUAAAAUCCCACGAUUGUCAUGUCAUUAUGCAGCGAGUACUAGCGGUUGGUGUCCGUAAAUUUCUACCUCGUGACACUGCAACAACUAUUACUCAGCUAAGCGAUAUUGGGUGGCCGGUCUUUAUGAGAUGGAUGUAUCCUUUUGAAAGGUACAUGAAAAAAUUGAAGAAUUAUGUGGGAAAUAAGGCACGUCCUGAAGGGUCAAUUGCAGAAGGUUAUGUUGCUGAUGAGGCAGUAACCUUUUGUUCAAUGUACUUUAAAGGGUGUGAAACAAGAUUUAAUCGGCUUGAUCGAAAUGAAGAUGCGCCUUCUGUUUGUCGCUAUCUCUCAGUUUUUAAUUCUCAAUCUCGUCCUUUAACUAGCGGACUUAUCAAGCCUCUUGAUCAUACCAGUCGUGAAAAAGCUGAGUGGUACAUUCUUCAAAAUUCUCCUGAAAUCCAAGCUUACUUAGAUGAACAUUUGGACAAGAUCAAGCAUGAAAAUCCUAAUGGUAAUCACGAUGCCUUGCAUAGGCAAACUUUCCGUCCGUGGUUUCACAAGAAGAUAUAUGAGCUGCACAAGCUUGGAACUUUACAAAAUGGUGAUGAGUUACUCGCUCUCGCUUCCGGGUCUGAUUACUUAGCAACAUUUUACGAAGGUUGUGUAGUGAAUGGUGUUCGGUUUAUUGCAUCAAAGCGAGACCAAAAGCGGAAGACACAAAAUAGUGGUGUUACUGUUGCUGGAACUGAAGGGUUUAAUUAUUACGGCACACUUGAAGAUGUAAUCACUAUAUCUUAUACUGGUGCAUAUACAGUGUCAUUGUUUGAAUGUAAAUGGUAUAACACUAAUCCAUUAAGAAAGAAGACAAUCACUGAAAAUAAUAUAACUAGUAUAAAUACUCGUGGACAUUGGUAUCAAGAUGAACCGUACAUCCUUGCCAACCAGGCGAAGCAAGUUUUCUAUCUUGAAGAUCCACUCAGAGGUCGCGAUUGGAAGGUUGUUGAAGAUAUUAGCCAUCGACAAAUUUGGGACAUUACUGACAACAAAGAUGAGACUGAUGUAGAUAUUGUUAGUGAUUCUAACUCUGCCAAUUUUGUGUUGACGGUUGAUCUUGGAGAGUUGAUUAUGCAAUCGAAUGAACCUCCAGUAAUUGUUGAAUCGUCCGAUCAGUUAGUGGAUUCUGAGAUAGAGAAUAAUGAACUGGAUGAGAAUUAUGUUGCUGAAGAAGUAGAUGAUUUACUAGUUGAACAUGUAGAGGAUGAAAAUGUAAACUUAGUGAAUGAUGGAAAUGAUAGUGAUUCUUCAGUGUAA